UUUUUCAGAACCUGAACGUUAAAAUCGCCUCUUCUCUCUCUACCUCUCUCCCGUUUGGCCGAUAUAUAUAUAUAUAUUUACAUUCCCGGCGAUUUCACGUAAACUCAGCUAAACACAACACACAAAGAAGAAAAAAGUUCAAAUCUUGAAUUUUUUUUCGAAGAAUAUGAACCCCAUUUGCUUUAAUAUUGAGCAGAGUACAGAAUUAUAAGGAAAAGAAACAAAGAUUUGAUUUUUAGCUUGUGGGUGUUGUGAUUUUGAUGGUUUUAAACUGAUAUUGAAGAUUUGGAAGUGUUUAUAUGGCGAUGGGACCUGAAAGAUCGAAACCUUUACAUAAUUUUUCUUUACCAUGUGGGCUGAAGUGGGGUAAUCAGAAGUUCUUAAGGUGCGUUAAGGAAGAUUCCGAUGAAGAAAUGUCAAGGUCGGAAUUGAUCGGACGGCGGAGGGAAACAGGGGUGGUGGAACGGCACCGGACGAAAUUCAGAUCGGUGAACGGAGAUAGUGGUGAGGGAAUUGAAGCUGUGAGAGAGAAACUGAUGAUUGAUCUUCAAACAGAAGCUGAUAAGAUGAAAGACGCGAUUUUACGGGAAGGAUUAGAUUCUCCGGCACCGGUGCCGGCGACGACGAAUGUGAAAGUAGAUGUAUCUGAUGCAGCCGCCGUCGGCGACUUAUCCAGGCCAUGGAGCUUGAGGACUCGGCGUGCGGCUUGUAACGAGCCGAACGGGGUCCUCGCCGGCGCCGGAGCUGGUGGAAGUGGUGGAUCGAAGGAAAUGAACGGUUUGCCGCCAUUAAAGACGGAGAAUAACAAAUCUUCAAGAUUUCGAAGUGAAUUUUCCGGUGGAGUGACCGCCGGAGCUUCUUGUAGCGGCGAGAAGAGACAGAGGGUGAAAUAUUCCGUUCCCCUUUCACGAAAAGAGAUCGAAGAAGAUUUCAUGGCGAUGAUCGGACAUAGACCCCCUCGUAGACCCAGAAAACGAGCUAAAUUGGUUCAAAAAAAUUUGGACACGCUAUUUCCGGGAUUAUGGUUGACGGAAAUUACAGCUGACUUAUACAAAGUGCCUGAAGAUCAGUAGAUUUGAAGAAAAGAUCAUUUUUUUGUGAUAUCAAUGGUAAAUUUUAUUAUGAUGGAACAACUAUAGUUUGGAAAUUUGAUGAAAUUAUUGAAUUUCUUGUAUAACAGAAAAGGGUGUAAAAAAAAAUGCAAUUUUGUUAUUUAUUCUUAUCUUUUGUGUUUAUGCUCAUUGGUUUAAGUUUAUAACAUAGUUGUUGAUGUUA